UGUGUUUGAAGGCAGUUGGGCUCGCGCACUCGGCUCGUUGAUCUUCGGAGUUUAUCUCGGUCACAGGUUACACUCAUGUCCUCCUUCAGAAACAUUAGGGGCCAAGAUCUGCAGCCGAAGAUCCCGGUUGGACAGCAGUCACCUAAUUGUCUACCAGAUAGUGGUCUUUCCAUGAAAAACUGUGGCAAAACAUCAUUUUUGAAAGCUGAGGAGCAAUACUCUGAAAGCCAAACACAUCUUCAAUCUACAAAAUCUACAGUGGCAGACAUUAACUUACAGAAACUGAAAGAAGAGAACAAACUGUUGAAAAAUGAGUUGGAAAACUUAAGAUUGCAAUAUCUGCACCUACUGGAAGAAAAAUGGAAUGGGCACUAUGAUGAACGACGCGUAACUCUACUAAAGGCUCACAUAAUGCAGCUGGAGAGACAGGUGGUGUUACUUACAGAGGCACUGAGUUCAAGAGCUGCUCUGAUGUUAGAGAUUGAAAAUACUUUGGAACUAUUAAACAAACGAUUCAGAUCCUUAUUAAUGUUCGAAAGUCCCACUUCUGAAGUACCAAUUUCACAAGCUGAACUGAUGCAGCUUACUGGAAUGUGUCAAACUCUUCAAAAAAAACUGCAAAGAUGGCAAACGGCAGGAAAUGUUGAAAACCUUUCCAUGAUGUGGCUAAUGUCAGGAAGGAAUCUGAUUAACCAACCUGUGACUCUCUUAGAUCUUUGCUAUGGCAAGAUGGAUAACCUGAACCUUCAGUAUGUAUCUGUCUUGGAAACAAAGCUCUGCACACUGUACAGACAUCUGAAUGAAAUCAAACAUACACUGAGCCUUAUUCUUGCGCCAGACCAAGAAUCUCACGAUCAAGUUUGUCGCAUCCUUCCAGGUGUUUUCUAUGCUAGGUUGCUAAAUCAGGCAAUUAGAUGCAAUCAAUCAUUGGAAGACUGCUGUGUUGAUUUGUUGACCCUCACACUGAUUGUGCCUUCUGCCCCUUGGGCAAAACUAAAACAUCCAGUCUGCCAGGAAUUCACUGUGGAGAAUAUGCUUUCAGUACUCCCUCCUUUUCCAAAAGGUCCUACUCAACGGCAGGCAAGGAAGGCUGUUGAGGCCUUAGUAAAAGCAGUUAACUAUUCCAGGCUAAUGACUUUGCAACAGGUUAAAGCUCAACAAGCUGAAUUGGAUUUCCACAAUUCCAUGUAUGAUAUUCAAAUGAAAUUCACGGAGGCACUUUUGCAAGCAAUUAAGCAGGCAUACCAUUCUUUUCAAAACAAUGUAACUAAAGUUCUAUGUUUACCACUACAGGAAGUGCUAACUUCAUAUACAAAUCUUAAGGAGAUGACUACUGAAACAACACUAACAGAUUUUUUAACAACUUUUAAAAUUAAUGUGGAACAAAUGCAGGAUGCGGUGAAUGAUCUGACACCAUUCCAAGAUCAGCAUAGUGAUGGUGAUGAGGCUCUGUCCAAAUUUGGGAGAGAAUUCUUCCUUUCCUUGGAACGCUGUGUCAACGAUUGUAAAAAACAACGAGACACAUUGGCCAACGAACUUGAAACUUUGAAGGAAGAGUUCAAUCGUGCUCUAGAAGCUCUUCACAAUUGGAGAAAAGAGAACAUGGAAAAAAAGACUGAUGGUGGACAUUCCUCACAAUUUGCUUCAAAGCAAGGAAAACCAGAUGGAAAAGUAAAAGUAGAUGAAAAUACUAGCACACCACAAAAUGAGGCAACAAGACAAGAGCUUAAAACUGAAGCAUUUACCAUUGCAACAGUUUCUUCUCAAAAACUUAAAUCUGGGGAACUGAGGAUGUCUAAUGAAAGCAUAAAAACAAUUUUAGCACCGCAACAUGAUCUCUCUAAACAGAGCAACUCUGAGAAAUGCAUCAGUCAAGGUACAGCUAAACCAGUCCAAAAAACCAAAACUAAAAUGAAACAACAAAGGCCACCUUGGCAGGACUGAGCAAUAGUUCUUCUGUUACUUGGCACACUGGUAUUUUGAAAUUAUUAACUGUCCAUGAGUAGAAAAAUAAAGCCACAAGGCUUGGGUUAAUGGCUCAAUGACAUAGCUGUCUAAGCAGCAAAUGCACUAGGGCUUCCACAGGAAAUGGAAUGCAUUUGAAAAUUUGUUUUCUGGUGUUAGUCAGAGUUCAUAUCUUUUUUUCUUUAUAAUUUUUCUGUUACUCUACUGAGGCCACAGAUGUGAACAAUAGAUUUUCUAUCUUUUAUAGAGAAAAGGUUUAUAUUUUGUGUUUAAUGUACCAUUUGCAAAAGUGUGUGAGAGCA